AUGUCUGAACCGAAAAACUCAUAUAUAGUUGGAACACUUGAAAAUAACAAAAAAUUUAUUCCAAAAGAUAUUCUUCAUUGCAAAUUAAAAAAAGGGAAAAUGGUAUGCACAGAAAAUAAUACUGGUAUUGUCGUACUCAAAUGGAAAGAUUCGCGGGACGUGAGAAUUUUAUCAACAAAGCAUGUUCCCAUCAUGGUACCGAGUACAAGUAAUAUUCCUCACAUUCAUGCUGCUUCUACAAGCCAACAUUUAUCUGAAAAAUUGAAACCACUAGCUGUUCUUGCAUACGAUAAAAGGAAGUGUGGCAUAAAUUAUUCCGAUCAGAUGGUGUCUUAUGCCAGUAGAAUGAGAAAAGGACUGAAAUGGUACCGAAAACUUGGUAUUCAGCUUCUUCUGGGAGUUACAGUUAUAAACGCUUCAGUCGUUUACAAGACUGUAACAAAAAAAAUAUAA